AUGGAAGAAGAGAAAAACCACCAAAAUCCUCUAACUGUUGGGAUGCAGUUGGGCGACUGCAAGCUUGUGGAAACGGAGCACUUCAACCUAGAAUGGAUCCAUCAAAAAUCAAAGAUCUGCCUUCAGUUGCUCUUCAUAGACGAUGAUUGUGUCUUUCAUAGGAAUUCAGUCAUUCACCUAAGCACGCGGGAUGGGAGCGUAAAUCUGAAAGGAAAGGCCUCAGCGUCCAGUUCAUCAAUAGCUACAGAUCUACCAGAAGCAAUUUCUUCUCGUUUUCAAGAACUUGAGAAAACAACUGAAGCCGGUUGUAGCAAAGCAACGUCAUCAGCAGAACCAAAGAUUUUGCAGAUUCAGGAGAUGCAUGCAGAAAGUCAUCACUCUGCUCUGGAACCGGCUGCUAUGCUAUCCGAUACUUCACUUGAGGCUACAGCACCUCUUUCAAGGCUUAUAAAAAAUGAUCGUAUUCUAAACGAAAUUUUGAGUAGAAUUGGAUAUUCGAAAACAAGAAUCGGAGUUUAUGGAGGAGCAGUCGGAAAAACCACCCUAUUAAAGUCAUUGAAGGUUCAUCCUGAUAUAAGGGAAAUGUUUCAGUUUGUCAUUUGGGUAACUGUUCCCAAGGUUUGGAAACUGGAAGCGGUGCAGCUAGAAAUUGCAAAACAAUUGCCUUUGGAUGAUAAAAAGUCUAUAAGCUCAUGGAAACUGAUGAGCUUUCUAAACAAGGUCAAGUUUUUGCUGAUUCUAGCUGGUAUUCAUCAGGUUAUUAGCUUGGACUUUAUCGGAAUCCCUGACCCAACUCCAGAAAAUGGUUGCAAUAUAGUUUUGACGGCUGUAUCAGAGGAAAUAUGCGACAGAAUGGAAGUGGAUUGGAAGAUAAAUUUGGAGGGUUUAUUGAAGGAAUUUUGCGAGAAUGCUGGUAAAAUUGACUAUUCUUCUGACCUUCAACCGCUAGCUCUAGAAGUAGUUGACUUGUGUGGCUACCAUUGGCAUGCUAUCUUCCUAAUGUCAAAGGCAUUGAAAGAUGAAUAUGAUGUUUGUGUUUGGAACAAUGCUAUUGAAAUAUUGAGAACGCAGCCUGCAUUUCCUGGACGAGAUUUAGAAAACAUCAUGGCUGAUGUGUUAAAAUUCAGCUAUAGUCGUCUUCCAGAUGAUACAACUAGAAGAUGCCUAAAAAAUUGUGCAUUGUUCUUUGAGAACCAGGAGAUUGCAAGAGAUUCAUUGAUAGACAACUGGAUGUCUGAUGACUUGACAGAUAUGUAUUCAAAAGGCCAAAAAGUUCUUGAAACUCUUGUCGCCUGGUAG